AUGAAUCAAACAUCAUAUUAUACACAUAGCGCAUUUAUACAGUAUUUACAAUUAGUUUUUGUUCCUUGUUUGGCUUUACUUGGCAUAUGUGGAAAUAUCAUAUGUGCGAUUGUAUUUAAUACUAAACCAUUAAGACGCCUGCGUUCAUCAUCAUUUUUAUUUCUAUUAGCUGCAUCUGAUGUUUUAUUUUCAUUGGAUCUUUUACCUGGCUGGAUAAAUACUAGUUUCGUUCGAUCAUUAUAUUCUGGUGCCAAUUUGAUAUGUAAAAUUCAAACCUAUAUAUCAUUUGUUGCAUCGUUUUUACAUAUAUGGAUGGUGCUUGCAUUUACAGCGGAACGUUUUUUUGCUGUGAAUUUUCCUUUAAAACAUAUGUCCAAAUGUACGCCAAGAAUUUCUCAUAUAAUCAUUCUAAUAAUUACGAUGCCAGUAAUUGUAUUCUACAUUUAUCCAUCAUUUUUUGCAUCCGAAGUUGAUAUGUAUGGACAAUGCCGUGAAAAAGAAAGUCAUGUACAUUAUUUAAAUCAUAUUAAUAUAGUUGAUACAAUAAUGACGAUGUUUUUACCAUUCAUUUUUGUAUCAAUAGCUAAUAUUUUAAUUAUAAAAAAAUUAUUUUAUUCAAAUACAUUUCGACAACAUGUUUUUGAAAACGGUUCAAGUUAUCAAUGUAGACGAACAUCAUACUGGACACCGUAUCAUACACAAUUAGUAAAAAAAUCAGAAACAAAUCGGCCUCCAGUUGAAAAAUCAAUAGCAUCAAUACAUAGAAAACAACAUGGUAAUGAUUCAACCCGUCAACAUAUUUUGGCAGAAUUACGUUUAACAAAAAUGCUAUUAGCUAUAUCAUUAACAUGUCUUUCAUUGAAUUUUCCAUCGUAUUCUUUACGCUUAAUCGUAUUUUAUGAACAAACGCAAGAUGAUUUCAAACAGACUCAAAAUUAUAGUACUUUCGCACUCUAUAGAGAUGUUCUAUUACAUUAUAUGUCUUACUUGAGUUAUUCAAUUAAUAUUUUCAUCUAUAUUCUAUGUGGAGCUAAUUUCCGUCGCGCAUUAAAAAGAAUUUUUUUCCCAAAAAAAAAGACAUUUCAAAUAGAUUGA